CAGUAGCCCAACCCCCCUCCCCAGUAACAGAGCAGGCAGCAACAGCAGCAGAGACGACAUGACGUGCUGGGAGAGCGUAACACCACCAAGCCUGGAGCUUCCUUUCACAACCCAGAGCACUACCUCUCACUCCUGGUCAUCCUCUUCCUCUCCUGCUGUUUGCAGCAACGGAACAGCGCUUCAGGGACUGCUGAAUGAGCGGGCCAGAGGGAAAUGAACAGCAAAAGGAUGGAAGCAGAUGGGAUGAAGAGCAGUUAACAGGAGGGAGGAAAUGGAAAUGAGACGAGCAGCUCAGCGGUGAGAUGCUACACAUCCACAUCAGUCAACCACAUCGUAUUAUUUUACCCAAAACCACAACAAGGAGAGAGAGGGGGGGAGGACCCGAAGCUAAAGCUGUCAGCUACCGACUCUUCUUCAUAUAGCUGGAAUAAGCAGCAGUGCAGCCUCUGGGGACGAUGCGCCAAGACACACGGAGCGACUGCAACACCGGAGCUCUUGACUAAUGAUCGGCUAACGCCGCAGGCAUGUGGCGCUGACUGUACAGAGAACUCUAUUAUUCCAUUUCUCUGAGACGACAACCAAAAAAAACCAACAACCUGGAUGUCAGAACAAAGACCACGGACAUUUGGACAUGAAUCUGGACACGAGCCAUCAAGCUGCACAUGUCUGAGACACGGGAGUGUGUGUAGACUCUAAUCACACACAUGCAUGCACACACGAAUGAUGGAAACCAGCAAGACACAAGUUCUUAAAAUAAAAACAGGGAACUGCAUGGCAGCAGCAGCGGAGAGAUUUUCACACAUGGAGGUAAAACGGCACGAGAGGCCCAUGACCAACUCCAAACUUCAGCUUCAGAGAUCCCGUUGAGUCAACCUACAGAACAUGCAGUGGAGACGACGUCACUGCUGCACUCACACAGCCAAACUUCUUUACCUCCUCUCACUGUUGGGCCUGCUGGUCUUUCUGGUCCACCAGGUGUGGUUCCCUAAGCUCACUGGAAUGCCGUGGUGGAGGGGCUAUCCUGUGGUGUAUGGGGGUGGGCUGCUUCAUGGAUCCAAAUGGAAUACAAGCACCCCGCGCACAGUGUGGCGGUAUGUGAUCGCUUCUCAGCCAACUUCCACGGUCGAUGCCAACACCAGCUCUCCAGAGAGGCGCGGUGCUUCCCCCCAUCAAGGAAAGAUGAACUUCGAGAACAGUCUAGCAGCCAACACCAGCCAAAGCCAAGUGGGAGACGUUAAUGGUACAAUGACCCACGGACCUUUCCCGUAUAUCAUCAAUGAGCCUGAUAGGUGUGCAGAGAACCAACCAGCACCAUUUCUAGUGCUGCUAAUUGCCACCGAAGCACGACAAGUGGAGGCCAGAAAUGCCAUACGGCAGACUUGGGGCAAUGAGAGCAUUGCCUCAGAUCUGGGAUUCAUUCGACUCUUUCUGCUAGGCAGAAAGGAAGGAGAGCUGGGACUCCUUCAACAAAAGAUGCUACAGGCAGAGAGCCGGAGGCAUCAUGACAUCAUCCAGCAAGACUUUCUGGACUCCUACAAAAACCUGACCAUAAAGACACUAAUGGGAAUGAACUGGGUGGCAAUGCACUGUCCACAGGCAGGUUACAUCAUGAAAACUGAUAGCGACAUGUUCGUCAACACGGAGUACCUCAUUUACAAGUUACUCAGGCCAGAACUGAAGCCUAGGAAGAAGUACUUCACUGGUAAUAACAUGAGAGGCUUUGCACCCAACAGAAACAAAAACAGCAAGUGGUACAUGCCCCCAGAGCUGUACCCAGGUGAGAAGUACCCCACAUUUUGCUCUGGGACUGGUUACGUCUUUUCUGGAGACUUGGCUAGAAAAAUCUACCAUACGUCUCUGACUAUCCGCCACCUGCAUUUGGAGGAUGUUUAUGUGGGAAUAUGUUUGGCCAAUAUUGGAGUUGAGCCCACUCCUCCACCCAAUGGCUUCCUGUUUAACCACUGGAGGGUGUCUUACUCCAGCUGCAAGUACAGCCACCUGAUAACAUCACACGGGUUUCAUCCAAACGAACUACUCAAGUACUGGCAUCACCUUCAGAGCAACAAGCGCAACGCCUGCAUCAACACAUUUAAAGAGAAAGCAGGCAGGGCUCACUCCUCAUGGCUCAACGAGGAAAAACAACCCGUUCAAUAAGAAGCCGAGUUAACACAAACUCCUUCUGACCUAAGAGAUCAAACCAUCCAUCCAUUUGCUUCAUUUUACUGACAAUUUUCUAUGAAUGUUCAGUUAACUAAACCACUGAGAAAUGUUUGAGUACAGCACUGUAAAAAAGUAUUUGCCCCUCACGCAGGUUUCUUCUGGUUUUACAUUUGAGUCCAUAAAAUGUUUCAGACUGAACACAUUUCAGUAUCAGACACAGACGGACAGAGUUGAUACAGAAUACUAUUGAUUUCACUCAUUAAGAGCAGAAACCGAACUAGAUGUAACACCAACAGAUUCAGUGUCUGCGAUAACUGCUGAUGAGCCUCUCAUCCCCGUGGAGGAGUUUUGUCCUGCUCUGCUACUACAGCAUGAAGAAUGCUGAAAGAUCUCAAAAGGCAACAUAUCAAGCUUUCAGAAAUGGCAGUGUUUCCCCUUUCCUCAGGCGUGGCGCUGCACCACAGAAAAUAAGUUUGUGUGACAAGUUUUUUCCUGACCCUAAAAAGCUUGGUUUAUGCUUGACGCAUUUACUUUCCGCGCGGUGAUGCGGCUCGCGGAUGGAACGCGCUUCACAACUCGCAGCGUUUAUGGUUCAUGCGGCUUGUCUCUGCGGUGAGCCAAUAUUCUCCCAAACUGUAGGGGGCAGCAUAGAGCUCUACGGCAUGCAUCCAACACUACACCAUAGCAGAAGUGAAAAUUACUGUUGUUUACAUCGACAUAUACAUAUAUGUUGUUUACAACGGGGCAUUCCAGCAUUUUUUAACAGCGUCCUCGUCUUUUCCGACAGUGCGAGCUAUUUCUCUCCAAGAAUUAUUAACAACAUGUUGAUCACGGUGAUCUCUGAGAGCUGAAUCAUACAAAUGUCUGUAUUUACCAACCUCUGCCAUACUAGUUCUUGCCAGUCCGCCAUGUUUUUCCUUGUCCGACCGUCCGCGUGGUUAGAAAAUUUCCUAGGUGCGCGGUGCGGAAAGUUUGGGCUGUGCGGAGGCGCGGUGGAGGGGCGUGGUUGUUAAAAUGACGCAACUUUUCCGUGCGGAGCCAUGCGGACCUCGCAGACGCGUCAAGCAUAAACCAACCUUAAGUAGGCGUUUAGUAAGGAUUCUAGGCAAAGUUUUAUGAAUGAAGCCCGUGGUGGUGAUACGGUCUGGGUUUGACUGCUGGAACUGAACUCUGAUUCAUAAAGAAUGUGGUUAAAGAAAUUUGGGAGGUAAAAAACUAUUUCACAUAGAACUAGGUUGGUUUGCAUAGAUUUGUUCUCUUAAAAGAUGAAAACUGUAUUUUUUUUCAGUUGAUCUUUGUCUAACACUGAAACAUCUGAGUCAUUCUGAAACAUCCAACUGUGACAAAAACCAAGACAUAAGGAGGGAGAUACGUUUUCAAGUCAAAUAUUCUGUCAUUUCAGACAAGAUGCAUUUAAUUGUUUAUUUUUUUCAUCGUAUCUGUAGAACACAAUAUCUGUUCUAAGAGUUAAAUAAAGCUAUUAUGGGAAAUCUUCAAACAAGCUAGGCUUUCAAUGCAAACAUGGUCAUGGAACACUCACCCCUACCCUUGAGUAUGUCGCCUGAGACACUUCCGCUGGAACCAUAAACCUACGAUGACGAAGGAAACGAGUGCGCCAAACUCUAGUCGGCAUUUCCUUGAUCCAAACAUCCGUGAUUUCAAAUGGAGUUUUUCUUUCUGGGACCCUGGCAGUUUGUCCUAAAGUUCAAGUGGUAGCAGCCGGCUGUUUCUCCUUCUCUGAUAUUAAUGAGCAGAGAAACUCUCACACCAGUGGUGUUCUGGUGCUGCUAAGUAGUGCGAAAUGAAUGGCGGACCCAGGGAAGUGCGGCGGUUCACAACCACCAACAGAAUGGUCCAGUGGUUGCUUUCAGGACGAAAAAGGUGUUUAUGGCGGAGGUUUUUAGUCAAAUGUGAGACAACCACUUUAUUCUUUUUUGUUUGUUUUUUAAUUUCCACAAUAUGCAAUACAGGCCAAAAGUUUGGACACAGCUUCUCAUUCAAUGCGUUUUCGUUACUUUCACGACCAUGGCCAUUUACAAAGGGGCCAACAAGUGCUUAACACCUCUGGGAACUCCUUCAAGACCGUUGGAAAACCAUUCCGGGUGACUACCUCUUGAAGCUCAUCAAGAGAAUGCCAAGAGCGUGCAAAGCAGUAAUCAGAGCAAAAGGUGGCCUUUUUUUUCCCAGUAAGCUUUUUGAGAUGCUCCACCUGAGAGUAAAUCUGUAAGGCUUGUCACCAACAUUCAGACAUCAAUUCUGUUUGCUUCACAGCCAGAUGGGACACGGGAAAAAUAAAAAAUAAAAAAUGCUUUAUUACUAUCAAUGAACUAUUUAUAUCAAUUAUGUGACGCACUAUAGUUUCUGUGUCACGUCUGCCCUGUUUAUUGUUCUUCUCUACAUUCUGGGCUACGUCUGUAACUAUUAGUGGUGUUUAUACCAUUCUUUCUACACCCACCAUGUCCUGAACACAGCGAAAUAAGCUUUGGAUCGUGUGUGAUUCACAUGAAGCACACAGACUCUCUGGGGUCAGUCUUCAAACUAGGGCUGUCGCGGUUGAGGAAUUCCCCCUGCGGUGAUGCAGGGUGGCUUAAUAUUGCGGUGUGCGAUAUUAUUGCAGCACUUUUUUAUUGCAGUACUAUCUAAACAUAAUGUUUACACAUUUAAAAAAGGUUAAAAAUUGCCGUGCCUUCUUUAAUAACACUUUACUGAAUGCAGAUCAAAGGGCAGUAACAACGCAGAUCGCAGUAACGCUUGUUUCUCCGACAGUCGGAGUCCGACUGAACUUAAAAACAACAAAAUUCAGGAGGUUAAACUUUUAAAUGCAAAUUUGGCUGCAGCAUCUAACAAAUAAGAAACAAGUCCCCAUUUUGUUUAGUUGUUUAAAAUCAAGCAUAAAAAAUUACAUGUACCGGGCGCGCGCGCGCGCGCCGGGGGGCGGGCGCACUAUCAUUUCACUUUCACACACACGAAUGACGGUGAUUUAUAGCUCGGUCACGUCCUUGUUACCUACAAGGAAAACCAGCAUGUUAACUACGGUUUGAGAGAGGAUCUGAGAGGGGCGGCAACAUUUGCAGCAACACUGAAAACCCUCUCGGAUGGUGCGCUCGUUGCACUAACGCACACGUACUUGCGUGCGACUCUGGCGAGCAAAGGGAAUCUCCCGGUUGUUGCUCCACCAUGUCGGGGGGUUUCUUUAGGGUGGAUGCAUUCCUCCUGCAGGUAGCGAGUGAGCUCCAGCUCGGCUCAAACUCUCUUUGGGACGGCUGCAGAAGCAGUGCUUGUCCGGGACUUCAGCAGGUCUCCGAGCGUUUAUUUAUUUAUUUAUUUGCCGCUGGUGGCAGCUCUGUCUCGGCCAAGGACUCUGGCUGCGCAGCAGCUGACGUACUGAAAACCAAAGCGCUCCCACAGGAGCGAAGUAACGUUUCGUUUUGAUACCAGUGCAGCCAUCCUUCUCAACAUGCAUCAUUGAGUUGAACCAAGUUCAGUAAUCGCGGUGGCGCAUGAUGCAGCGCGGUGGGCUUCUUCAUAUCGCGAUAUUUCAUUUUUGCGGUUACCGCGACAGCCCUACUUCAAACUCUAAAAACUCCCAAAAUUUCAAUAGAAACACCCAAAGGUGUUGCUCAGAUUAAAGUUGCACAUCUCCAUUAUCUUCUCUGUAAAGUAAUAACUUCAUCAGGGAUUAUAUUUGCAGCUGUGGCUUGUUAAACGCAAUAUUGCAACUUGGCACUUAAAGGUUAUAAGUUUUAUGCCUGUACAUUUAUAAUUAUAAUUAUUUUAAAAUAAUUUAUUAUUAUUUAAUGUACAUGAGUGGGGUCAAAUGAAAUGUUUUAUUUUGAAUUUUGAUUUAUAUUGUGCAUUGUUGUUUUGUCAGUGCUAUAUAAACAUUUUCAUGGUUUUGUAAUUGAUUUAUUAUUUUAGUGAGGUUAAUACACAUGAAAUUUUUUUCAUUGUUUUGGUUUUUGGGCCUUGGGUUUCCUCAUUUCUGGUUUCGGCAAAGAUUUUUAACUUCGGUGCAUCCCUAGUGUCUCUUUAUUUUGAGUUUGAGUGGGAAAUGGAAAGAAUCACUGUUACAUUUGGAUGCACUCUUAGGAGCCAGAGGUCAUACGAUCUACUUUUUACCCAACACUUUCAUUUUUAAAAUAAAGACAAAUAGACAUUCAAUACAUUUUAAUUCAUAUUUAGCCCAAACAAGCUGACCAGAGUGACCCAAUGCAUUUAAGCGAUUUCUCUUAAAUCGGGAGCAUUUCACCUGCUGUGGCCGAACGCACAUUCACUCGGAUCUACGUAAACCUGGACUGUGGAUCUGCUUAAGGGAUGCCAAAUGCAAGCUGCUGGUGCAAAUUAUUUAGCAGACAUGUGAUCUCACUUUUCCUACAUUUAGCAUCUUUCAUCACACUCAAAGUGACAAAGUGUAAUUUCCCUGGAAACAAGGGGCAGUACAUACCUAAAUCAUUGCAUGCAAGCAGUAUUUUUGUAGCCUAGUGAACGAGACCAAAUUCUUGCUUUGCAAAGUUUGGUCUAGGAAUGCUCCACUGGAACCUCUGCAGCCCCAACAGCAUUCUGACUGGCCAAUCACUGAACUGUUGCUCAGUGGUACAAAGUACUUUUUUCAGAUGAAAGCAAAUUUUGCACGUCAUUCGGAAAUCAAGGUGCCAGAGUCUGGAGGAAGACUGGGCAGAGGGAAACGCCAACAUGCCUGAAGUCCAGUGUCAAGUACCCACAGUCAGUGAUGGUCUGGGGUGCCAUGUCAGCUGCUGGUGUUGGUCCACUGUGUUUUAUCAAGGGCAGGGUCAAUGCAGCUAGCUAUCAGGAGAUUUUGAAGCACUUCACGCUUCCAUCUGCUGAAAAGCUUUAUGGAGAUGAAGAUUUCAUUUUUCAGCACGACCUGGCACCUGCUCACAGUGCCAACACCACUGCUAAAUGGUUUACUGACCAUGGUAUUACUGUGCUCAACUGGCCUGCCAACUCUCCUGACCUGAACCCCGUAGAGACUCUGUGGGAUAUUGUGAAGAGAACGUUGAGAGACACAACACCCAACACUCUGGAUGAGCUUAAGGCCGCUAUCGAAGCAUCCUGGGCCUCCAUAACACCUCAGCAGUGCCACAGGCUGAUUGCCUCCAUGCCACGCUGCAUUGAAGCAGUCACUUCUGCAAAAGGAUUCCCGACCAAGUACUGAGUGCAUAACUGAACAUAAUUAUUUGAAGGUUGACUUUUUUUGUAUUAAAACACUUUUCUAUUAUUGGUCGGAUGAAAAAUGCUAAUAUUUUGAGAUAGGGAUUUUGGGUUUUCAUGAGCUGUACGCCACAAUCAUCAAUGUUAGAAACAAUAAAAGGCUUGAACUA